AUGGGAAGUGUACGAGAAGACUGGCGUGCCGUCGCCGAGGAUCGACAACAGAGUAUCCACACGCAUAUUCCCGAAAAAUGGCGAUUACCCCAGGCUUUGUUGAAAACCGCAAAACCGAUGGAGUUGCCACGUCUCUCCGGUAUUAUGAGUGAUUGGGAGUUAAGUGUCACUCAAUCGAGGGCAACCGACAUCCUCUCGGCACUUCACAGUCGAAAAUCCAAAGCGGUUGAUGUUAUCCGAGCUUUUUGUAAAAGAGCCGCUAUUGCUCAUCAAGCUACGAAUUGCCUUGCCGAAAUCUUAUUUGAGGAAGCAUUUGCUCAUGCUGCCGAACUCGAUGAGUACAUGGAAAUCCACGGGAGACCCAAGGGUGUUCUCCAUGGCAUCCCGGUAUCCGUAAAGGAACAUAUACACAUGAAGGGCACCAAAGCAACCUGCGGCCUGAUUGCUUGGGCCGACCAGAUGAGUCCCAAAGAUGCGUUAAUUGUCCGAACACUCAGAGAGCAAGGCGCUGUGUUUCAUGUCAAAACAACGAAUCCUCAAACUUUGAUGGCCAUUGAAACCGACUCGAACCUUUUCGGAAGAACGCUUAAUCCACACAAUCCUGAGCUCAGCUCUGGUGGUAGUACCGGUGGCGAAGGUGCAUUAAUAGCCAUGGGCGGAAGUGUGAUGGGUAUCGGCACCGACAUUGGAGGUUCAAUUCGGGUCCCAAGUGCCUUCUGUGGAAUCCACGGAAUCAAACCAAGUGUGGGCAGACUGCCGCACGGCGGGUUGAGUGGUCUUCAUGAUGGAAUGCAGAACAUUAUCGGUGCUGUUGGUCCUAUGGCUCGAUCCAUUGAGGAUUUGGAACUUUUCUGUUCCGUGGCAUUGGCCAACCAACCCUGGGAUCAUGAACCGUCGCUGAUUGGGAUUCCGUGGAAGACGGAUGUGGAGAUGCCAACUCGAUUGAAGAUUGGCGUGAUCUGGAACGACGGUGUUGUGCAGCCACAUCCACCAGUCAGCCGAGCUCUGAAAGAGGUUGUCACUGCUUUGCAAAAUGAAGGUUACACGACCGUGGACUGGAAUGUUGACUUGCACAAGGCACUGACUGACACAGUCAACGAGGCUUAUUUCCUCGACGGCGGGAAGGAAUAUCACGAUGUCCUCAGCGCUGGACGGGAGCCACCCGUUCCCAUUUUGAGAUGGCUGCUCGAAAACAAGGCAAACCGCCGGUAUAGCGUUGAAGAGACGUGGAGGGUCAAUGCCCAGCUAGAUCGACUCCGGACCAAAUAUGCAGAGCAGUGGAAUGAUUCAAGGGUGGACGCCAUUAUCUGCCCUGUCAAUGCUUCUGUAGCUUCAGUCCACGAGGAGAGCCGGUAUUGGGGAUAUAGCAGUGUCUUCAACGCUCUUGACUAUCCGGCAGUGGUGAUACCGGUGGGAAUUGUGAAGCAAUCAGACACAUGGGAAUCAUUUCCUCCAGCCUCGUCAGCGAAGUUGAGUGAGAUGGACGAUUGGUACCACCAGCUCUAUGAUGAGAAACACGGGCCCUCAAGAUAUUGCGACGCGCCAGUGGGCAUUCAAAUUGUUGGUCGAAGGCUCCAAGAGGAGAAGUUACUGAAAAUCGCAGAAAGGAUCGAGAAUUCGGUCUCCAGACGGCCGAGGAUGGCGACGAGUUGGACCCGAGCCGACGAAAUCCAGAGGCGAGACCUGAUGUCCCGACCAAUGCCAGAGAAGUCGACUUUCUUGAAUGCGGUCUCUGAACUCCAAGAGCCGGCGGCGGUGGCCGCAUAA